UUGAAGCAGAAAAACGCACGACCCUCAUGAAAAAAAAAAAUUAGCGGUUAAUUAAGAAAUGCCACACUGAAAACAUCAACAUCAAAACUUUAAACUAUAAGAAUUGAUAAGGAUUGGUAUAAUAUAGAGUAUUAGAUAAGAUGAGCCCGAAGCCAAGAUUACUAUUUGAACCACCCAACAUAGAGAACACCAUACCGUCCUCAGUUUAUCAAAAUUCAUUUCCAGAAAAGUUUUCUCUUGAUGAUGAAGAUAAGUUUGUUUUAUAUGGAGGAGGUUCAUCCUUCUCCAUAAGAUUACCAGAUGAUGAAGACUCAUAUAGUAAGAUAGUUCUUUGUCCAGAGUUAAUGUCUGCUGAUUUCUCGGCCAUUUCCUUGUUUGUAUUGAACACAGCAUUAAUAAUAUGGUUUAAUAAUUCUAAUGUUGGUUUAGAAAUACCGUAUCAGAUGGUUAUCUUACAUGCUAUUAAGACAGCUUCAGUGGUACCAUUACCUCAACUAUAUUUACAGAUCGUUUCAAAUGAGUUUAUAUCGAAUUCAGGCGACGAAGACCCAGAAUUUAUAUCAUCAGUUGAAUUGAAUAUCAUAAAGAACGAAGCAUAUGCACAACAGAUCAUCCCAUUAUUCAGCACAAUAGAUCCAAGUAUAGAACAAGUUUACGAAUCAUUAUCUAAAUGCUCUGCGCUUCAUUACGAUGACGAAGAGUCUGACUCUGAAGAGUUUGGUAAUAUAGACACUGAUAUACGAACACCAGCCUUUGAGAUGCCCAAAGCAUGGUUAGACGAUAAUGUUCAAGCACUCGUGACAGGAGAUGCAGAUGAUUUAGGAAUUGAUAUAGUUGAACCUCAAGAUGCACAGUUUGUGGCAGGUAUGGAUGUUGAUGUUGGUUUUGCAUCUAUAGCAGGUACAGUACGCAAAAGAGAAGAUGAUGCUAUAUCAUCCACAAAAGCAAGAAGGGUUAAUUAGGUUUAUAAAAAGUUAGAAUUGUAAUAUACAAGCAAACAACUGCAACUUGUGUUGGUUUGAAUCAAUAUGAAUCAUUAAUAUGUAGAUAAAAGUGUAUAGACCUCCUUUCCUGUUUCUUCCCCACUAUCAAAAUCCCAAAAA